AUGCGCGAUCUGGUAUUCUUGGGUACUGCUUCUGGCUAUCCUUCUCCGCACAGAGGUGCAUCGGGUCUGAUUCUCCGUGAUUUGCAAAAUGGCGAUCACUGGUUGUUUGAUUGUGGCGAGGGAACACAAAUUCAGGCUCAAAAAUGUUCAAAUGUUCGUUUAGGGCGCAUCUGCAACAUAUUCAUUUCCCAUUUACAUGGGGAUCAUAUGUAUGGAUUGCCUGGUUUGUUAUGCACAAUCGAUCAGAAAGGAGCUGCUGGAGACUUGGAGCUUCCCGUACAAGCAUGUUCCGAUCGUCAUGCCUCCGUCAAUAUCUACGGUCCUAAAGGAUUGCGCAAGUAUCUUCGUCUCUCUCUUGCUCUAUCUCGAUCGCGACUGAAUUAUACCUUUGCCGUUCACGAACUAGUCAUGCGGGACGAACAUCGACCAGACGGGUGGGAAGAAUGGGUCAGUUUAGAAGCCGACCCCUCCACAGAUCCUCCCCUUCGCUGUGAAAUACCUGGACGGGACAUCGAGGCUCAUUCGGACGGUUUCUGGUAUGAUGUCUUGGCCAACAAUCAGGAUGGCACAGUGGUCCACGCGAUGGCAUUACGACACACAAUACCAUCUGUUGGUUGGCUAAUUUUGCGACCGGAACAGCAAAGAACGCUCUGUGUGGAUACCGCCAGAUCACUUGGCGUUCCGGAUGGUCCGUUGAUGGGUCAGUUGAAACGAGGCCAAAAUGUUGUGAUCGACGGGAAACUUGUCGAACCCGAUCAGGUGUUGCAACCACCACUCCGAGGACAUCGUAUCGCUAUCAUGGGAGACUCGUACGAUUCUGAAUCGCUUGACUGCUUGUUGCGGUCUUUAGCGAAGAACGGUACACUCUCCAGUACUCAACUGGACAUCCUGGUGCACGAGACCACUUUUCAAAACUCAAUGGCUGCCGAGGCUAUGCAGAAGGGACACUCUACACCAGGUUAUGUGGCCGAAUUGGCUACGAAAUUGGAUGUACAGUUGCUGAUUCUCACGCACUUCAGUCACCGAUAUGCACCAGUCGGACGAGUGGAAGGUGAUACAGGUUGGUGA